AUGUUGCAGUGUUGGAGUGCAACCCCCACCAAUGGCCCUGAGCCGGACGACUUCCAGAAUCGAGCUCAGAUUAAGCGAUUGUUUGAAGAAAGUGAACUAGUCAGUAGGGACAGUGAGGCUGUUAGAAAGUUUUCAGAUAAAUAUAUUGUCCCCGAAAAGCUAGUGGCAGAGUAUGUUGAGCACCUUGCCCAGAUAAAAAUGCGCAAGGAGAAGAAGAAAGAGGAGACUGAAAGGGAUCGAAUGGAACGGCUGAACCAGCAGUACAAUGACAUUGACUUGGCUGGACUGUACAACUCCGAUACGCUGUCGUCCUUGAGGGUGGACGAGCUAUCCUUGUACUUUUCCCAUCACAAGAUCACCUUCAAAGGGAAGAGAGCUGAAAAGGUCGCAAUGAUCAAAGCGCACAUUGGCAGCUUGCCUUACAAUUCAGUGGAGUGUCAACAACUUCGGCAGCCCCCGCGAAGAAAUGUGAGGCAACAAGCGACCUCAUCACUUUCCGAGGUCGAAACUGACUCGCAAAGUGAUGUAGUAGAUCGAGUUGUCGGUUCAAGCCCGAGUAGCUUAUGUAAAGAAAUCCUCACCGGAGACUGA